AUGGAGGUUCCCCCUGUGCAUCCCGGACCUGCAUCUCUAGAGCUACUUUUGCUACAAGCCAACCAUAGGUCUACAUACAUAUGGGAUGGGCAAUGUUUGUCCCAGACAUUCUGCGCCAGGCGUAUAGACGAUAUGUGGGAGUUCAUUAGGGACCACCCACUCCAUCCCCGUAUAGUGAGACGUCUUCAGGAUACAGGUUUCUACGGGAUCAUUGAGAUAGGCCGGUUUCAGUUUGACUGGCCGUUUAUCACGGCUAUGAUAGAGCGGUGGCAAUCGGAGACGUGCACAUUUCAUCUACCCAUCGACGAGGCUACUAUCACGCUUGAGGACGUGGAGGUUCUUUUCUGGCUGUCGGUUGAUGGAUUACCUGUAGCUUACCUGUAUGCACUUAGAGACUAUAGGGGAUUGGAUUACCUGCAUAUGUUGUAG